ACCGUGCGUAGCUUUGACUUGGGCGGACGAUGACGUAGUGGAUCUGGUUCGCAGCAGCAACCUAACCGGUGGUCGACGACAGGCAGCCCAAAACAAGCGCAGUUCGCGCCGGGGGCGCAUCGGUCCAAGCGCGGGUUGCUCGACCAGAAAUUACAUUGCGAAAGGUGGAAACCAAAAAGAAAUUUUUUCCUGAAGCUGGUUCGGAGCGAAGAGGGGGGGGGGCCAUGACUCGGGGAGAAGGGGAUGGGCAGCAGGGAAGGACGAAGCGGAUGGCAAAAUGGGCGAGCAGCCGGGAAGUGGGAAGAACGAGGAGCGACAGACGACGUUUGAUGGAAGAGCAGGCCGGACGGGGGAUUAGUGCGGCAAAAGAGUCGAAAGGAAAGAAAAGUAUGGUGACUGGUUUGAUGUUGCGUCAUACAUCGACAGUCAGACCGCGGACGUGGCACAGCUUGGAACGCAUACACACAUAUACACAUCCACACAUACACAGACAGGACAUGUCCUGUGCUGCAAAGCAAGAAAGGCAGAUGAAGAACAAGACGUAGCAGGGGGGCCGCAGAGACAGGGAAUGACGCCAGAAGGACUGGUCAGAUCAAAAGUCGACUGUCGGUGGCGUCGGGGGAUCGACGUUCUCUUGAGGAGACCAGGGCACCACGAGGGCAAAGAGGCCGUUCAAGCUUGGAACGGACCAGGGGUGGGGGAAAGGCGAGGGGCCACGCUUUGGCCGAAAGCCGACGAGAUGACAGCCGGGAGAGUGGUGCUCUACUACGAAUCGUGCUGAUAGCAAGUACCGUCGUCGUCUUCGCGGGUACAGAGUGUGUGUGUGUGGGGGGGGGCCAGCGAUGGGCAGGGCGGAGAAAGAAGGUGAAGAAGAAUGAAAGAGGCCGAGAAUGCUUGGGAAAGGAUACGCGCUCGAGACGGUGGAACGCUGGUGUGCGUGCUUGGUUGUGUAUAUAGAAUACAAGUGUGUACUGCGUGCGAAGCGUUACCCGUGCGAUGGCAGACUCCGCAGUGUAGUCCGCACACGCUAGCAAUUCGAUCGGACUGCGUUUCUUUUCUUUUGUUCUGUAGCUGAAGCCGCUGCGUGGCCUCCGCCGCCGUCUGCAUCGCGGGG